UUGUUGAACGAACAAAGAAUGUUCUUGCAUAUACGAAGAAGACUUUUCUCUUCCUCAUCUACACCUGAAAUUCCAUCUCUUUACUCUUUCCUUCAACCCUCCAUCUUUGCCCUUAAACCCAAACUCCAAUCACAAAACCCUACCAACUCACUAAUCCAGCAACAACAACAGCAACAGCAACAAACCCUAACUCAAGACCACAUCACUGAACUAGAAACCUCUCUUCAGAAAUCCCUCCUCACCCACAACACUGAUGAGGCCUGGAAGUCCUUUAAGUCCCUCACCAACAACUCUUUACUCCCAACUAAACCCCUCACCAACUCUCUCAUUUCUCACCUUUCCUCUCUCCGAGACACUCUCAACCUCAAGAGGGCGUUUGCCUCUGCUGUUUAUCUCAUUGAAAAGAACCCCAAUUUCUUAGAUUUUCAAACGGUGCAUACCCUUUUGGGUUCCAUGAAAUCUGCCAACACUUCUGCCCCUGCUUUUGCUUUACUCAAGUGUAUGUUUAAGAACAGGUAUUUUAUGCCUUUUGAACUGUGGGGUCAUUUUCUUGUUGAUAUUUGUAGAAAGAAUGGUAAUUUUGUUGGUUUUUUGAGGGUUUUCGAAGAAUGUUGUAGGGUUGCUUUGGACGAAAAGUUGGAUCUUAUGAAGCCUGAUUUAGAUGCUUGUAAUGCUGCAUUAGAGGGGUGUUGUUGUGGUCUUCAAUCAGUUAGUGAUGCUGAGAAAGUUAUAGAAACUAUGUCAGUUUUAGGUGUUAGGCCAGAUGAAUUGAGUUUCGGUUUUCUUGCUUAUUUAUAUGCAUUAAAAGGGCUGCAAGAGAAGAUAAAUGAGUUAGAGAAAUUGAUGGGCGGGUUUGGUUUCUCAAACAAAAUGGUCUUCUAUUGUCGUUUGAUUAAUGGAUAUGUUAAGGCAGGUAAUUUAGAGUCUGUUUCAAGGACUAUCUUGCGUAGUUUGAGUGAAGGAACUGGAGAAGGUUCAAAUUUUGGGGAAGAAACUUACUGCGAAGUGGUUAAAGUAUUUCUUCAAAAAGGAAAUAUUAAGAAAUUAACAAAUCUGAUUAUUGAAGCUCAAAAAUUGGAGUCUUCAGGGCUGGUUGUGGAUAGGUCAAUUGGCUUUGGUAUUGUUAAUGCUUGUGUUAAUCUUGGAUUAUCAGAUAAGGCACAUAGCAUUCUUGAUGAAAUGAAUGCUCAGGGUUGUUUUGUUGGGCUUGGAAUUUAUGUGCCAAUUCUGAAAGCUUAUUGCAAAGAGCAUCGAACAGCUGAAGCUACUCAACUAGUCAUAGAUAUUAGUAGUUCAGGGCUUCAAUUAGAUGUUGGUAGCUACGAUGCUCUGAUAGAAGCUUCUAUGACCAGUCAAGAUUUCCAAUCAGCUUUUUCUUUAUUUAGGGACAUGAGAGAAGCAAGAAUAUCUGACUUAAAGGGGGGUUACCUCACUAUAAUGACAGGUUUGAUGGAGAAUCAUCGACCCGAGUUAAUGGCAGCAUUUUUGGAUGAAGUUGUUGAAGACCCUCGAGUCGAAGUGAAGUCUCAUGAUUGGAAUUCAAUUAUUCAUGCCUUUUGUAAAGCCGGGCGGUUGGAAGAUGCUAAGAGAACUUUCAGAAGGAUGAUAUUCCUGCAGUUUGAGCCUAAUGGUCAAACUUAUUUGUCCUUGAUUAAUGGUUAUAUGACUGCUGAGAAUUAUUUCAGUGUUCUGAUGCUGUGGAAUGAGGUUAAGCGAAUGAUUUCCACUGAUGGAGGGAAGGGGGUGAAAUUUGAUCACAAUCUGGUUGAUGCAUUUCUGUUUGCUUUUGUUAAAGGGGGUUUCUUUGAUGCAGUGAUGCAAGUUGUGGAAAAAUCUCAAGAAAUGAAGAUUUUUGUGGAUAAGUGGAAGUACAAGCAAGCGUUUAUGGAGAACCAUAAAAAGCUCAAAGUGGCAAAAUUGAGAAAGAGGAACUUCCGGAAAAUGGAAGCUCUCAUUGCUUUCAAGAAUUGGGCGGGUCUUAAUGCAUGAAUUGUAAGUCUAAAAAUUGUGUUCACAUCUCUUUCAAAACUCAGCUUUCCUAAGUCAUAGACAUGAGUAACAGUUUAAUACUUUGCUACUUGGGCUUAAUAGUGGCUGCCUUAUGGGAUGCUGUUGGACAGUUAAAACUGGAAGUGAAGGUAUACAAUCAUCAGGCAGUAGGAACUAUUUCAAAGUUUGAUCUGCUAAGAGUAUAAGUUGUGCAAGCACCUGAUAUAUACUUUGUUGACAAAGGUUUUUGCUUAGGAUACCCAAAUUAGUGUUUGCUGGGCAUUAUCGAACGACCUGAGGAAUCUUUGAAAAACUGAAACUCUUAUUUCUCUGUUGGGAUCAUGUGAUCCGAUGAGUCUGGGCUUCUGCCAACCUUACAGCCCUCAGAGGGUUUCUUAUAUGUGACACGGUGACACUGGGAAAGAGUCAUUAUCAUUGCAAAUCAGAAUGGUUUUGAGUUUGAUAGGCUAAAUAUUAAUCAAGUUUUGUCUGCAGACUUGAAGCUUUAGGCAUUACUGAUAGAGGACUUCAGCUGGAAAAUUGAGUUCAGGGGGCUCAGUUUGGAUUUCUUUUGAGUUGUCAACUUUCUCUUGAAAGUUGCAGGUAGCUAUUAUCCUGUAACGAAGAAGAAUGCUGCCCUACAUAAAAUGAUAAACCUGCAAUAUUACUUCUACAUCUGGAGAAAUACUUACAUCUGUAAUUUUUCAUAAUGAAAUGUGUAAAUUUAUUAUCUCUUUGGCAAACAAUAAUAGAA